AAAACGAGUAUGACUCAGACACCGAGCUGUUCAUUGUAUUCAGACGUUAAUGGAAAAUAUUUGAAGUAUUUCAUUUCAAGCUCUCUAGAGGGUUUUGCCAGGGUUAGUCCAAGUGGGAUUUAGCAGCAGUCUUAUCGAUGUGGCACAGGAGACCGGCUUGGAGCAGAUAAACCUCGAAUCGAACUGUAAUGCCUGCAAGACCUCCAUAUAUAGCGAUUGAGGUCAGUGGAGAAUGGCCAGAUUCAGGCUCAAGCUGCUAGCAAGGAUAUAGUAACUCAAAUAAUCACUCUUUACAACCAUGGUGUGCAUAAAAGCAUCUCAGCCUGCACCAAACAUUGAACCUUGAGGUGGAUGGGCUCCAAAGGCAGAUGAUCACAUCAGCUUCACUCCAUUUGACCUCUCCAGGGUAACGAAGCUCCAGAUACAUAAUUGCGUAAAUGGCGACUCAACUGAGUUUUCAUUUGCCUUCAUCACUUCAUCUGUUUCUGGCUGUUGGUCUGAAGCUUUGGAGGUUGGGGUCAGAACACAGGAACUGCAAUGAUACAGCACCCCCUGGAGUAGUGAAGUUUAAGGGCCUUGCUCAAAGGCAGUGCUGGGGCUUGAACCCCGAUUUUCCAAUCAACAACCCCAAGCCUUAACCACAUGAACCAGCACUGCCCCAAGCACUGUUGGAUAAAUAGUGAUGAACUGGAAGCUGCACAACACCACCUAAACCCUACCCAGAGAACACCCUCCCACACAUGUUCAGAGGGACUGGUAACGAAGGCCAAAGGGAGUUAAAGAAUACAGUGGUUGACAGUGGAGUGAGGGUUCUCCGAACAACCAGGACUGUAUGGGAAGCAUGAAAUUGACCAAUGUGUUCUUUUGAGAUUUUAUUCUUUAGGCAAGUUUCAAACACUGUGUGGUGUAAUCAGGUCCACAGCCUAGAAUUGCUUGAAUCUAUGUGGAAGGUCUGUGUUAGGUUUAGCAUUAGGUUCAGCUGUACCAGGUGUAAUUAUGUUUUGUUGAUUAAUUUGAGCGUAUAAAGACCAAACCCAUGCAGGUGUAUAAUCUUCAAUGAACAGAGAAGUGAAACUAAUAACAUCCCCUUUCAUUUCUGUAGCUAUUUUUAGAGUAUAUCUAGAUGUGUGACAUAUUCUAUCAGAUUAUUUAUUUAUUUAUUUUUAUUUUUAAGUUUACCCCUACCGAAACGUUCCUGUGGUUGUGAAAUCAUUUAUGAAGCUUGAAUCCACCCUGAGGCCAUCUGCAGUACCGCACCACUGACAGCAGCAUGUUCACUGUUUCUGCAGGUAACUGGAGUCGAUCAUGGACUAACUAGGUUCAGAUGGGCCAUAACUUUUACCAGAACUGAGCUGUUACUGAAGAGGAACUGUGUCAUAUAAUAACCCCUGUAUGGUCUUUAUACACUCUCUAGCCUUCAAUAACCCCAUUAAGACACAAGUAUCUUUCGGGAUGUGGUUUCUUUGAUCUUGUGAUUCUCAUAAUAACUAAUUUUACUCCACUAUUAUUAGAUAUGUGUAUGAUAUAUCAGUAUUCACAGGGAUAUGAAUCAACUCUCGCUGCUGAUGUAAUGCCAUGAUUUCAGCCAGACCAAGUAUCAUAACAGAUUGAUGCCAACAUCAUGUUGUCAUUGAUGCCUACAUCAUCUUUGCCACAUCAGAUGCCACUAAUUUGUGUGGUUUGUGGUUUUAUAUAUAGUUUUAUUUUGUGUUUUUAUAAAUCACUCACUUGACUCAUUGUGAAACAAACCAAUUCUUAUUAUUCAAAUAAAUGAGGAAGGAAACAAAGCGAAUCUGCUUUAAGUUUCCAUUUCAAUGCAAACAAGAUAACAGACAAGAGCUCAGUUGAAAAGAGGGGUGAUGUAGCCAUGCUGAUUGGGAAAAGAACGUUUUCUGCAGCAGUAGCAGGUCUCUUGUUGCUGCUGUCAGGAAUUCAGUCUCAGCACAGUGUAACUUUCUCCUCUCAGAGUCUCUGUGUUGUUAUUGGAUCUACAGUAAAAAUCCCCAGUACAUUUACACCUGGUCACUACGGAGUCACAGAGAGACAGUGGUAUCGAGUCCAGAGCUCUGAAGGAGAACCACAAGACCUUAGAAAAGAUCCAGAAUAUUCAAGACGUGUGUCUGUAAACACCAGGGGGUCUGUCUGUAGUCUGACAGUGAGGAAUGUGAGAGUGAGUGACUCUGGAGUUUAUAACUAUAGAUUUAAAACAUGGAGAAGUGACUGGAUAUCAGCUUCAUCUGGAGUUCAACUGACUGUUACAGACUUGCAGGUGAAGGUGGAUCCUAACACUGUAGGACAGAGAGAAGUGAAAGUGACCUGUAGCUCCACCUGCAGACUCAACACACACCUUUUCUACUGGUACAAGAAUGAACAUAAUAUCAAAUACACAGAAGACGCCUCCAUUGUACUUUACUCCACCAGUCACUAUGAUGAAGGCAGCUACUCCUGUAAGGUGUAUGGGAAUGAACACCGCUCUCCUCCAGUGUGUGUACUGGGUAAACAGUGUUGGGGUGUGACUUACACUGCUGAACGUGUGUGUGCUCUAAAAAACACAUCAGUUGAUCUUUCCUGCUCUUAUAAAUAUCCUGCAGGUCACACAGUGAAAAAAUCAGUGUGGUUCUUUAAAAUGCAGGUUAAUGUUGAACCUGAGGAUGUGAGAGAGGAUGAAGAGUAUCAGGGCCGAGUGCAGUACACACAGAGCUCCCAGAAUGACUGUAGUCUGAGAAUCACUAACCUGAGAGAGAGAGACGCUCGAACAUACAGGUUCAGAUUCCACACUGAUGAUCCUAAAGGAAAAUACACCGGAGAACCUGGAGUCUCUCUGUCUGUCACAGAUCUGAAGGUUACAGUAUCAGACUUGGACAACUGGAAUAAGAAGCUGAGCUGCAUCACCACCUGCACUCUGUCUAACAAACCCACUUACAUCUGGUACAAGAACGGACAGCGUGUUACUGGCCAGGACAGAAAUGAACUGGAUGUCAGUAGUCGGGAUGCAGGCAGCUACUCAUGUGCUGUAAGAAGACAUGAGGAACUUCGCUCUCCUGCUGUCUGCAUUUUUGAUGAGAUGAGCUGCUGGAGUGUGACUUACUCCAGCCGGACUGUCUGCUCUCUGAUUGGCUCAUCAGUGGAUAUACACAGUUAUUACACCUUCCCUGAUAAAUACAAGGUCACAGAAGUGAUGUGGUUCAUUAAAGACCUGGAGGAUGUGAGAAAGGAUGAAGAGUAUCAGGGCAGAGUGCAGUACACACAGAGCUCCCAGAAUGACUGUAGUAUGAGAAUCACUAACCUGAGAGAGAGAGACGCUCAAACAUACAGGUUCAGAUUCCACACUGAUGAUGAUAAAGGGAAAUACACCGGAGAACCUGGAGUCUCUCUGUCUGUCACAGAUCUGAAGGUUACAGUAUCAGACUGGUACAACUGGAAGAGGAAGCUGAGCUGCAUCACCACUUGCACUCUGUCUAACAAACCCACUUACAUCUGGUACAAGAACGGACAGCGUGUUACUGACCAGGACAGAAAUGAACUGGAUGUCAGCAGUAAGGAUACAGGCAGCUUCUCCUGUGCUGUAAGAGGACAUGAGGAACUUCGCUCUCCUGCUGUCUGUGUUCCUGAUGAGAAGAACUGCUGGAGUGUGACUUACUCCACCCAGACUAUCUGUGGUCUAAUUAGCUCAUCAGUGGACAUACACAGUUAUUACACCUUCCCUAAUAAAUACAAGGUCAUGAAAAUGUUCUGGUUUAUUAAACAGCAGGUUGAUGUUGAGCCUGAAGAUGUAAAACACGAUGAGGAUUAUCAGGGUCGAGUGCAGUACACACAGAGCUCCCAGAAUGAUUGUAGUAUGAGAAUCACUAACCUGAGAGAGAGAGACGCUCAAACAUACAGGUUCAGAUUCUACACUGAUGAUCCUAAAUUAAAAUACACUGGACAACCUGGAGUCUCUCUGUCUGUCACAGAUCUGAAGGUUACAGUAUCAGACUCGGGUAGCGGACAAAUCGAUCUGAGCUGCAUCACCACCUGCACUCUGUCUAACAAACCCACUUACAUCUGGUACAAGAACGGACAGCGUGUGUCUGAGUGUAAAUCUGCCUCCUGCUCUGUAGCUGCAGUUGGUGGUGCGGUCAGUUACAGCUGUGCUGUUGAAGGCCAUGACAGUCUCCUCUCUCCUCCAUUGUAUUCCCCUAAAAACACCAGAGCAGUGGUUCUUUCCUCUGGAGACACAGUGGAGGGGGAUUCAGUGACUCUGAGCUGUAGCAGUGAUGCAAACCCUCCUGUUCUCACCUACUCCUGGUUUAAACAGAGUUCAGCUGUAGACACACUGCUGAUAACAGGCCAGAAUUACAGCAUCAGUAACAUCAGCUCCCAGCACAGAGGACUGUACUACUGCACUGCUCACAGCCAGCUGGGACACCACAACUCUACACCAAUACACCUGGAUGUGUUAUAUUCUCCUAAAAACACCACAGCAGUGGUUCUUUCCUCUGGAGACACAGUGGAGGGGGAUUCAGUGACUCUGAGCUGUAGCAGUGAUGCAAACCCUCCUGUUCUCACCUACUCCUGGUUUAAACAGAGUUCAGCUGCAGACACACUGCUGAUAACAGGCCAGAAUUACAGCAUCAGUAACAUCAGCUCCCAGCACAGAGGACUGUACUACUGCACUGCUCACAACCAGCUGGGACACCACAACUCUACACCAAUACACCUGGAUGUGUUCUAUUCCCCUAAAAACACCAGAGCAGUGGUUCUUUCCUCUGGAGACACAGUGGAGGGGGAUUCAGUGACUCUGAGCUGUAGCAGUGAUGCAAACCCUCCUGUUCUCACCUACUCCUGGUUUAAACAGAGUUCAGCUGCAGACACACUGCUGAUAACAGGCCAGAAUUACAGCAUCAGUAACAUCAGCUCCCAGCACACAGGACUGUACUACUGCACUGCUCACAACCAGCUGGGACACCAAGACUCUACAGCAACACACCUGGAUGUGUUCUAUUCCCCUAAAAACACCACAGCAGUGGUUCUUUCCUCUGGAGACACAGUGGAGGGGGAUUCAGUGACUCUGAGCUGUAGCAGUGAUGCAAACCCUCCUGUUCUCACCUACUCCUGGUUUAAACAGAGUUCAGCUGCAGACACACUGCUGAUAACAGGCCAGAAUUACAGCAUCAGUAACAUCAGCUCCCAGCACACAGGACUGUACUACUGCACUGCUCACAACCAGCUGGGACACCACGACUCUACACCAACACACCUGGAUGUGUUCUAUUCCCCUAAAAACACCAGAGCAGUGGUUCUUCCCUCUGGAGACACAGUGGAGGGGGAUUCAGUGACUCUGAGCUGUAGCAGUGAUGCAAACCCUCCUGUUCUCACCUACUCCUGGUUUAAACAGAGUUCAGCUGCAGACACACUGCUGAUAACAGACCAGAAUUACAGCAUCAGUAACAUCAGCUCCCAGCACACAGGACUGUACUACUGCACUGCUCACAACCAGCUGGGACACCACGACUCUACACCAACACACCUGGAUGUGUUAUAUUCUCCUAAAAACACCAGAGCAGUGGUUCUUCCCUCUGGAGACACAGUGGAGGGGCUUUCAGUGAUUCUGAGCUGUAGCAGUGAUGCAAACCCUCCUGUUCUCACCUACUCCUGGUUUAAACAGAGUUCAGCUGCAGACACACUGCUGAUAACAGACCAGAAUUACAGCAUCAGUAACAUCAGCUCCCAGCACACAGGACUGUACUACUGCACUGCUCACAACCAGCUGGGACACCACGACUCUACACCAGCAAACCUGAAUGUGUUAUAUUCCCCUAAAAACACCAGAGCAGUGGUUCUUUCCUCUGGAGACACAGUGGAGGGGGAUUCAGUGACUCUGAGCUGUAGCAGUGAUGCAAACCCUCCUGUUCUCACCUACUCCUGGUUUAAACAGAGUUCAGCUGCAGACACACUGCUGAUAACAGGCCAGAAUUACAGCAUCAGUAACAUCAGCUCCCAGCACACAGGACUGUACUACUGCACUGCUCACAAUCAGCUGGGACACCACAACUCUACACCAACACACCUGGAUGUGUUCUAUUCCCCUAAAAACACCAGAGCAGUGGUUCUUCCCUCUGGAGACACAGUGGAGGGGGUUUCAGUGACUCUGAGCUGUAGCAGUGAUGCAAACCCUCCUGUUCUCACCUACUCCUGGUUUAAACAGAGUUCAGCUGCAGACACACUGCUGAUAACAGGCCAGAAUUACAGCAUCAGUAACAUCAGCUCCCAGCACACAGGACUGUACUACUGCACUGCUCACAACCAGCUGGGACACCACGACUCUACACCAACACCCCUGGAUGUGUUAUAUUCUCCUAAAAACACCAGAGCAGUGGUUCUUCCCUCUGGAGACACAGUGGAGGGGCUUUCAGUGAUUCUGAGCUGUAGCAGUGAUGCAAACCCUCCUGUUCUCACCUACUCCUGGUUUAAACAGAGUUCAGCUGCAGACACACUGCUGAUAACAGACCAGAAUUACAGCAUCAGUAACAUCAGCUCCCAGCACACAGGACUGUACUACUGCACUGCUCACAACCAGCUGGGACACCACAACUCUACACCUACACACCUGGAUGUGUUGUAUUCUCCUAAAAACACCACAGCAGUGGUUCUUCCCUCUGGAGACACAGUGGAGGGGGAUUCAGUGACUCUGAGCUGUAGCAGUGAUGCAAACCCUCCUGUUCUCAACUAUACCUGGUUUAAACAGAGUUCAGCUGCAGACACACUGCUGAUAACAGGCCAGAAUUACAGCAUCAGUGAGAUCAGCUCCCAGCACACAGGACUGUACUACUGCACUGCUCACAGCAAGCUGGGACACCACAACUCUACACCAAUACACCUGGAUGUGUUCUACCCACCACGAAACCUAUCUGUGACCGUCAUUCCAUCCGUGUCUGGUGAUAUGGUCACUCUGUUGUGCACAAGUGACUCCAACCCCAACAGCUCUUACACAUGGUACAGGAAAACAAAAGAAGGUCUGAUAUUGAUCAGAAAUGGUACCAGUUUAACUUUAUCCUCAAGAGCAGAUGGAUUUCACUACUGUACAGCAAGGAAUGGAUUUGGAUCAUCCAAUUCAUCAGAAUGGCCAGAUACAUCAGCUGAGGUGUGGAAGCUGCAUGCUGUAUGGGGAACUGCUGCUGCACUUGUUUCUGCUCUGCUUCUCUCCCUUCUUACUGCCUUCCUGUGUGUUAAGAGGAAGAAAAGAGCAGAGAGAGACAUUCAGUGUGUUCCACAACCUGGAGAUGACACAUACACAGGGCUGAACCUCAUGAAUAUGUCCCCGGAUUAUGACACUCUGCAAAAUAUUCAGAGCUCUCCAAGUGACACUUACACAACGUUAAACCCUGCAACCAUGUCCUCAGAUUAUGAUGUGCUGAGGAAGUGACACAUUCAGAUACACAAACCUGCAACCACAGUCUCUGGAAGAGGUAGCUACUUGCCUCAGUACUCUAGUAGUACUCUGAAGAACGAUAACCAACAGUUAAGAUUGGAGCAUCACAGGAAGGAUGCAUCAAAAAGAACUACAGUAAUACCUCAAGAUACAAGUUUAAGUUCAGUGACCUUGCUCGUAUCUCAAAUUGCUCGUAUCUCAAAGCAAUUUUCCCCAUUUAAAUUAAUUGAAAUCCCAUUAAUCCAUUCCAGCUCGCAAAAUUCGACUCCUGUUGUUUUGUUUAUGUGUU